AUAGCGUGAAUAAUUUGCCGCUGUACAUAUUAUAGGUAUUUAAUAUAAAACAACUGCGUCAGAACAUGCUUUAAUUGCUAGGAAAUAAUAUAUGUAGUGGUCGUUAUAAUAAGUAAACAAUGUGCGCAGUACGGCGAGACUGGAAACAAGUUUCCCUUACAAACGACGCUGUAGCGGGAAAAUGUGGAAACGUGAAAAACGCGCGCAUAGGGGUGGCAGCGGGGCAGCCAUUCCGUGGAUGAACGCGCGGCCGCGCGCCGCCUAAAUCGAUACGUCUCCGUUUUUACACUUCCAAAACGAAUAUUAUUUAAGAAAAAAAAUCUACGUACGUACUAUAAUAUAUUUUUUUUAUAAAUUAAUGUAGAUUCGCGUAUUGUCACAUUUAUUAUCGUUUUCAUUAAAGUGCCAAUGCCGUAAAUGAGUGCGACGCAGAUUGUUUUAUGAUGGAGUAGUGUUUACCUCCAAAUUGUCAUCGUCAGUUUACAUUUCCGUACUUUUGUGAGUGUAAGUGAAAUUAUAUACGAGUACCUAGUAUCUUGGGAGUCUUACAAUAUGACAGCAGCACCGGCGGCAUCGUGUAUGAGCACUGAACACGGAUGCGUUAUGUUCGACUGCCUUGUUCAUCUAUGGGAAUGGCUCGAUCCUCCAUCAUCACAGACACAGUUCCAAAUGGAGAAUAAAAAGGCAGCGCCGGCAACACAACAACCUUUUACACAUCAACAUCUUAUGGCACAUCACGUACACCCUAAUGGGAUGUAUUCUCAACACCAUCCGCAACUAUCAGCCCACCUCACGUCUACACAAACAGAUCAAAUACCACCGAAUGGCGUCAUGCAUCAGUUAUUACAAAGUCAGUAUCACUCAAAUUUAGACGCACGAUCGCCACUAUUAGAAAACAGACAUGAACAGUAUGGCAGUGCGUAUAGUCAAAACCAAGAUUACGGAAGACAAUAUGGAGUCAAUGAUAAUUACAACAAUUACCAGCAGUCACCUCCAAGACCCGAACGAUCUGAAGUAUAUCUAGAUCAUAAUGUAAAUAGCUCACUCAACCAAAAUAUAUCAGCAGGCUACAACGUUGAAGUUUAUCAAGAUUAUUUAAAACGCAACCCACCGAAAGAUUCAAACCAAAUUUACCAAAACCAUCAGCCUACGUAUAGACCGAAUGCAAACCAAUACAGCUCUAAACCAUAUUUACCAUACUCUAAUAGAAUAGGGCCCCAAAGCAAUACAGAGUUGUUACGAAAACAGUACAACGAAAUUCAGCAGAUGAAAUUGCAGCAACAAAUACACUAUCAAAACCAGGCACAGAUGCAUCAACAACAAAAGUUCGCUGAGCGACAACUUCUUUUACAGCAAAUCCAUGGGGUUCAGCCACCUCCCAAUUUACAAAAUAGUAUAUAUUCAGAUAGUUCUUACCGUGAUUUAGAUAGAUAUAGUUCUAAAAAUGAUUAUAAGGAUUAUAGCAGUCCAGAAACACCAAAAGACAUAGAAAAGUAUGAGAAGAACAAUGACUAUCGCGAGGUGGAAAAUCGUAACCGUCAGUACCAAGAGCCUCAGUGGCAACACAAUCAACAAACAGAAUACAGAGAACAACAUGAAGUUCACAAAAGGCUAGCAGAAGGAGACAAAGGAAUCAAUAAACCCUCAAAUUCAGCUGGUCAAAAUCAAAAAAAUAACGUAGUUUCCCCUAUGAAGUCAACAAGCGAGUCCAGUUCUCCAAGUGUGAAGUCACCGUCUUCAGAGAGUCGGAGAAGUAGCAGCGGAACCCAAGCACUGAGAUCACCAACAGCUCAACGAAUACCAUCUGCCCCGGUAACAGUAGCCGGUAUUUUGUAUAAACAAGGAUCGGAUGGCCUAAAAGUAUGGCGCAAGAGAUGGUUUGUGCUAUCCGAAUACUGCUUAUUUUACUAUAAAAGUCAAGAAGAGGAAAAGUUACUGGGGUCCGUUUUGUUACCUUCAUACAAAGUGUCCGUUUGUACCGCAGAAGACAAAGUACUCCGAAAGUUUGCGUUCAAAUUAGAGCAUGCGAAUAUGAGAACGUAUGUACUGGCAGCACCCGACCAAGAAGCCAUGAUGAAGUGGAUGAAGGCUUUGACGAUGGCCGCGGUCAUGCAAACUCCCAACGAUCCACCACACAGUCGAAACGAUUUGUCCACUACCAAAGCAGAGGACGGCGAAGAUAUACCGAUGUAUGCGAAUGCACCACCAAAACCUAGACGCUCCAACGAGGGAUUCAAUUCGCCAAGCCCGGAUAUGUACGAUCCAAAUUAUGACCUACUCAAAAAACCGGCGUCGCAUUACAGCCAAAGCAUCAGUCACAUACGAAACCAAGAACACAACUACUCGAGCACAACUCAAGACCAGAUUUAUACACAAAGUCCACAGUCACCGUCGCAACAACAACGCACACAUCACCAGAAAAGACCAUACGAUUCGCACAAUCUCUCGUUGCCAUUAACAAACACCGCAAUGGAUAGAUUAGAGAACGAGCCGAGCACGUCAACGAAUGAUUUUAACUCUCGGUCUUUUGAUAGGAGUCGAGGAAUGCAGCACCAAUCUCAGGAGCAGCGCAAUAAAAACGAACAAAUUUACGAGCGGCAACCGCAAAAGAAUCCGUUCUUGCACGAGCCAACCCCGAAAACGGGUAGCUCGUAUAAUAUCGAUAUGAAUGCGCCGAAUCAAAAUUAUCAGACGAGAGGAAGUGAUAUACCACAAUCGGGUAAUAGAGAUGAUCAUUCAGGAGUGAAUUUGACGCCGAAUCCGGUUGAGUCCGCCAGAGAUUUGUAUGGAGAAUUAGAUUCUCGGGUGAGUAGAUCUAAUAGCGCAGCCAACGAGCGGCUAUUGAUGGAGAGGCGAACUCCUGACGCGUACGGUAGAUCUACGACCAUGUCGUCCUACAACAAAGAGAAGACGGGAGACUACGAGGAUAUAUACGGCAUUUACGGAGUGGAAAACGAUUAUGGUAAAAUGACCACUAAAUCGUCAAGCAUUAAUGAAACUAAAGAUAAUGCCAGCAGUCACCAACAUCAGUUGCAACACAAUGUUCAAGAGAAAACCUUUAGUGGCCCGUCAGUUCUGAGGAAGAAAAAAAUGCAAUCGAGCGGUAUCCAACCACCGAUGCCUAGGCCUCAUAGUGCUGAUUUUCUCGAAUACGAAGCGAAGAAUGAAAUGAAAAAUAAAUCUAUGCCAACGAGGACAGCCCACGAUCAAACUCGGCAGCCGCAAAGACCAAAAUCUAGUCUCGACAUCAAUUCUUACUACGACCCCAGCUCCGAGACAUAUUAUUCGGAGGAGAGCUACGCCGAAAAAAUGCGGCAGUCGGUCCAAUAUUUACAACAAGGAAUGAGGGCUCGUAACAUGGAGAUACCUUUGGCGAAGUACGCAAGUGGCCUCGCCCAAAAGCAGUUGAGCACCGCCUAUUCUCAAAUCACAAAUCAUAACUACAACCCUGAUUUGAAUACGACGAAUAGGCUUAGUCGUGAUCAGGUCAGUCAUAGCUCGAAGUCGGACGUGGAAGCUAUGAACUCUAAUUGGACAUUGAAAGAAAAGAAUGCCGAAAAUCAAAAAGACUACAUGAACAGAAGUGGAAGUGUAAUGAGCGAUGGAUCUAAUGCGAGUGCAAUGGUCAAGGAUGCUAGGUACGAUCCAAAUGGCGAAGGAUUUUUGAGGUCUGCCAGUGCCAGGCUACCGUCAGCAACGGAAAAGGAAGGCGAUAAGAAAGUGCAACAGCGCGAAGAAUCAAUGAAGCGUUUAUUAGAAUGGAAACAGCGAAUGUUACAAUCUCCGUUGACGAGAAAAAGUACACCGGCCACAAUAUCUCUGGCUCGUUCUUUGAAUCAAAGUCGACAGUCGCUACGAUCUGAUCAGUAUAAGCCGAAGACAUUUUCUAACGCUUCGUACAACAGCUACUCUUCUGAUGAUGAAGAGGGAACACCGGGCACUGAUCUGCAAAAACCCAGUGAAGUGCAGGCAGGAAGGUCUCACAAAGUGAAUGUAACGAGUCCAAAUGCAAUGCAAUCAAUAGUACUGCAUGCGCCCUGUGAUACUCAUCAUGAAAGUUAUAGUGGCGACGGUCAAAAUAUAACUACUUAUGGAGACAGUCCCGAGAAUAUAUAUGAAAAUAUAUUAUGUACGAUUUCACUACCAAACAUUAAAUUAGAUGAAGAAAAUGAUUAUGAAGAAACUGAUCGCUUACAACACAAUGAAAACGAUGUAAGUAGUUUAGAUGAGAAGGAAAACGGUUAUGAAACACACGAGAGUGAAGCAGAAUCGGAAACUCAAGAAGAGUAUACAGAUAAUGACUUAGAUGAAGUAUUACUGGAAUCAGAAUGUGAAACUUCUAAAGCUAUAGCAAUAGAAGGCGAUAUUUCGAAUGAUACAAAAGAUGAAAAUGCACAUAGACCAAUAACGCCAGUAUGUUUCGGAGAAAGCCAUUAUUUACCGAUGAGUCCACGAAAAAUGUCAACGACGGAAUUACCUCAAACUACAUUUCCCUGUCUAAGCGAACUUCGUGUUUCCAAUCCUCACAAUAAUGAAGAUAAUCCAUAUGUGGAAAUGAAUGUCGGAAGUGAAAACGAAGACACGCAAACGUAUGAAGUUGUCUGUGUCAAUAAUGAAAAAAAUAUGGAACCGGUAUAUAUGGAACUAACUAAUGUACGUGAUUACGAUGCAAAAGAAAAUAGCCCAGUCUCUUUAAAAUUGUCUUCGGAUGUGGCUUCUAAUUUUGCUGACACAAAGGAGCAAACAUUGAAAAGAGCUUCUAAAAUGGCGAAAAAGACUGGAGAAGUCGAUGGUUCUGACGCAGAAAUUGAAACAUUAACGGACACCUCCCUCGAAACUCCAUUUAAUCGAUUUAGUAUUUCGGAUACAUUUCGUCCAGCUUCCUAUUACUUGAGUGGGAGCAAUUCCGUCCUAGACGUACAAGAUGUAACUGAAAAUGAGCAGACUUAUCCUCCUUUACCGAGUUCGUCACCUCCUUGUGAUGAACUAUCGGACGAUGCCCUAUCUAAGUAUAUUUUAGAAAAGCUCGACCAGUCUAAUAUGUCAAAUGAUAAUUCUAUAUUGAAAAUGUUAACUACCGAGAAACAGAAAAUGAGUACCCUUAAAAGAAAAACUACAUCUUUAAUGAUAUAUGGUAGUCCUACCUCUAUUCACGACACGUUGUCGAGAGGGGAGAAAGUUCGUCACAACAGAGCUACCUUGUUGUCUGAGAGGAAUAAGGUAACAAGCUCCCAAGCUUCUUUAUUAAAAGAUACGGAUUAUUGUUAUCAAUCAAGCAGUAUUGAUACAGAUUCGUUAAGAAGCUUUAAUGCAGAAAAAGGAUCGUCUAGGUUGUCGUUAGAAUCAGACAUAAGUAGUAAGUUUGAAGUAAUACCGUCAAGUGCAUCUUCAGAAGUGAACAGCUUAAAUGAAAGUGAUUUAGCAAUAGAUUUUAGAAAUCCUCACAAAUGUAACGACGUGGAAAUGAUGAACAAAAGACGGCCGCUUUCAGAUGAUUCACUUUUUGAAUUAGUUGAAAAUGAGUUCCCAGUUCGCAAUGAGACAAAUGUCAACGUAGAUUUGGAUAAAUAUCUUGACAAUUUACAGCCUUGUACUAGUACAAAUAGAAAAUACACGGGAAACGCUCAAGCAACGGUCCCAACAAAUGACGUUUCUUUUAUAAAAGACAACGCGGUUCAAGCAGCUCUCCAAAGUAAUAUACACACUCGAUGCUCUAGUACUCCAGUUAGGAACAUCGGUGGGCAGAUUCCUUCAUCUUCACGAUCACAAAGCCCGUGCAGUUCUACGAGUAUCACUAAAGCACCAAUGUCUUACUACAGCAAACAAUACAACGAGGAAGAAGAUUUAGCAAAAAAUCUAAAUCACGAUGAAACAUUAAAUAAAAUCAAGGAAUUUGAAAACGAAAAAUCAGUACUUCGGUCUAAUCACGAUCGUAAUGCCUCCUCUUCAUCAAUAGGGUUCCAUAGCCGUGAGAGUUCAACAGAACAGAGUGCACCUUAUUACUAUUCGGAUCUUUCAUCACAAGAGCAUGUUAAUAUUCUGCCUACAUCUCACUAUCUGAAAAAUACCAACCUACAUCGAAAAUUGAACAAUCAGCGCCGACGAGGUCCCUUACUUAAGAAAACCGAAAUUUCGCACAUCCAUAAUCCAAUCAGAAAAAAUCAAGUUAUGAUCUCAGAUCAGUCUUUUGAUCUUGUCGCAAGUGCAAGAAGCGUUUCAGUAGAAUUUUUGAGUGCUGCUGACAAGGAUCCGGAAAUUGAUGUGAAAAAUAUCUAUGAGUCGACUGCGAGAAAACAUUCAAAAAUAUCAGAAUCGAUGAGUUUAAUAUCAACCUUGGGUUGCAAAAGUAAUUUAAGUAAUGCAGAAAGCAUUGCAAAUAAAUCAACCGCUGCGGUUGACCCUAGUUCAUUGAUAAAACUCUCAUCGACCAGCAUGUCGUCACAUUGUAGUGAAAACUCAUCGAAUACAGUGUAUUAUGAUGCGGAAGCUGAUAAUAUUCCUUACGAAAAUGUGUUGUGCCACGGCGAAAAACAUUGGGAUGAGGAUUCUGUAUGGAGAGAUAAUUUGAGGAGGGUAUCACAUAGACAUGCUCGUUCAAUGGAUGAUUUAGAUACUGUACAACCGGAUGCAAAUACAACUCAACGUAACAGCUUAGAUUCGUAUGUAACGAAUAGUUUGAAAAGAAUACAAAAAAACACACCUAAAAUUACUCGUAAUGUAACAUACGUUAAUUAUACUUUUCAUGCACGAACUACUACUGGCGGUCCAAAGAUUUUAACAAACCAAAAACAGCAAAAAUUAAACGACAACGACGUGUAUGUCAGUCUAGCAGAAAACGCAGAACUACCCGAAGAAGAUUUGGAUGAAGGUGUUUAUGAACAAUUAGCAAUAGAAAACCGUGCUACAGCUGUUGAGCAAAAUAAAAAAAGGUUUGAAAUUGAUAGGGAAAAGCUUAGGCAAUGGGAUUUGAUGUCAAGUGGUCUCAUGAAACGGGUAGCAGGGCGUGUGCGUAAUAUUGACGCGCGUUUGGACACAGGCGAAGUAGCUCGUAAUUCGGAUACCGGAACUGAUAAUGCAGGCCGCGAAGGUAUCCUCUAACAUUACAGUCGCGUAAAAUACAUUAUCUUCUAUGACAAUGUCAAGUAACUUAGAACAACGCAUGAAUAACAGUUCAAAUAAUCAACAAGCAUUGUCAAAGAAAGCUUUUGUCGGAAGUAAUACUUCAAUUGGAAGAAACAAC